GCCUGUCUUGUCACCACCAACAACAACACCACCACAUUUGGACAUCGACAGGACAUCGCCCCUCAAAACACCCAGGAACCAUGCAGUCUGCCGAGGCCAAGCUGAGUCGCAACUCCCUGCUGCUGUCGCUGAAGCGCUACAGCAUGGCCGUGCACAACAUGGAGCAGACGGUGCUCAUCCCCAGCCUGCUGCGGGAGGUGCCGUCCGACGACGUGCUGGAGCAGGACGCCGCCUUCGAGGACGCCAAGGACCUGUACGACUGCUACCUGAUGCUCAGGGCCAUACGCACCACGGUGGACAGCGGCCUCGUCAGUCCCCACGGCGACGCCAAGGUCAAAGGUCAGGCCGCCCUGCACAAGAGCCUGGAGCCCCUGCUGGACGCUGACCCCGAGGCGCUCUUUCAGUUCCACCUCAAGGGGCUGUUCAAGAUCAUGGGCCACCUCACCAAGAGCUCCCAGAACCUCACAGCCAAAUACAUGGACAUCAUUGGCAUUAGCAACUGAAAAAUUAAUGCUGAGGACUGAUUGCAUCAUGCAGCCAAUAAGCUAUAUCUCUCUUUUUUUAAUGACUUCUAUGUAACAAUGUAACAAUGUGCUUCUUGAACAAAAACAUCUUUCAGGACACAACCAUGAGAGCCAACCAUACCAGUCAACAUGUUUACAUAAGCUUUAUGCUAAAAUAGCAGAGUUUGUGAAAGUGAAGUAAAGUAAUGGUUGUUUAA